AUGUCGUCAGAGGAGAAGUUGACAGCCCUCUACGCGCGCCGCCAGGAGAUUCUCAAGGAUCUUUCUGAGGUGGAUACGAGCAUCAAGUUCCUUGAGAGUGAGAUCCAAACCAAGGCAACAGAGGCGGCGAAGCGCACUAUCGACGAGAACAAGUCAGGCAACGCAGACCUGGAUCGAGUGAACGAGGUGAUCGCCAGCUGCGUGCGGGAUGCCACGGGGCUUCGAGACGCACUCAAGUUGGUUGAGGCGUGCCGCUACGUACAGGAGUAUGGCAAGGAGGAUGACGCUGCGCGGCAAAAGAUCCCCUUCCGCAACGUGUUCGCGCAGGAGUGCAUUCGCCAUGCGCUGGACCUGUCCAAUGAUGCCAACGGAAGCGAACUGAUGCAGCACCUGGUGCCGCUGCUGCGCUCGGGAACCAAGCCGGUCACCAUGGGCGACAUUUUCUACGACCCCACAACGAACGAGCAGGACCUGUCAGAAGUGCUGCUGCUGAUUAGGGAGCUUUCCAGCGAUAUUGUCACGGUGGCCUGCAACACGAAUGGCGCGCGUGUCUCCCAGCGCAUCAUCGAUGUUCUGUGCACACAUGAGGAGUUUGAUGUGUACACCAGUGUGUUGGAGCCAUCGAUUGUCGACGUUGCGAAGGACAUUAACGGCAACCACUCCCUGUCAAAGCUGAUCACAUCUCCCCGCUUUUGCCAGCUGGGCGAUUCCGACAGGAGUGCCUCCGGCGCUGCUGCGAUCUACGAGCGCAUUUUCCAGAAGAUAGCCGACAACUGCAUCGACAUUUGCAAAAAUCGUCAGGGGUGCUGUAUCAUUCAAAAAUGCCUGCAACACGCCCCCAAGCCGUAUCACACUACCAUCAUCAACACGGUACUCAACAACUCGCUGAAACUGGUGCAGGAUCCCUUUGGGAACUAUGUUGUUCAGUUUAUUCUCGACAAACAGCAAGACAUCAACGGCACAAAGAAGGAGGACACGGACGAUGAUGCCAUCUCGACAGCGCCGAACUACACCAAUCAGAUUAUUAGGCAGAUGCUUCAUCACGUGGCCGAGCUCUCGUGCAACAAGUUUAGCAGCAAUGUGAUAGAAAAGUGCCUGAAGACGUCGUCGCCAGAUGUGCGACAGCUGUUGGUCGACGAACUGACGGCGCCGCAUGUCUUGCCAAAGCUGCUGACAGAUAGCUUUGCGAAUUACGUUAUUCAGACCGCCAUCUCGACCGCCUCCGACGAUGGCCAACUGACGCAGCUGCGCGACGCGAUCAUACCUCUGCAGAGUCUCCUGAAAAACUCCCCGUAUGGCGUGAAGAUCGAGUCGAAGCUGUCCCGGCGCCACCGUGAAGCGGCACGGCGUCUGCUGAAGAAAAAGGAGGCUGCCACGCCGGUCACACAGGCCCCACCCGCACAGCAAGAGCCGCUUCUUCCGCCGUACAUGCCCCCACAAGGAAUGUCGGCCAUUCCAAUGAUGGCGCCAGACGCUUCCAUGGGUCAGCAAGUGUCCUUCACCAACCUGAAUGCGGACAUGGCCUCCUUCUUGCAGCCGCAGCGGAUGAUAGGCAUGCCUUUUGUGUUGCAAGGACAGCAGAUGAUCAGCAUCCCCAAUGCGCCACCGCCGUCUUUCACCAUGGGCAUGAUCAACGGCACCGGCCUGCCUGAGUACCGUUAA